AUGCCACCUAGGAAGAAACAGCCACUGAAGUUAUAUAUUUCAGCCGCGGAUGAGUCAAUCGGAAGUUUGUUAGCCCAGGAUAAUGAAGUAGGGAAAGAACAGGCGGUGUAUUACCUUAGUCAUAUUUUGACACCGGUUGAGCGUCGAUAUACGCCAAUCGAAAAAAUGUGUCUUGCUUUGUAUUUUGCUGCUCACAAAUUGAGAAUAUAUAUGCUACCUGUUUUAGUUUAUGUGAUUUGUGCCACUAACUUAAUUAAGUAUAUGCUUUCUUGUCCAAUAAUUUCUGGACGAAUAGGCAAGUGGCCCUUGGCCCUUAUGGAAUUCAGUUUCCAAUAUGUGCCUCAAAGGGCCGUGAAGGGCCAAGCAGUUGCUGAUUUCCUAGCUGACCAUCCAUGCUUGGAUGUUGAUCCGGGAGUCUAUGAUGCAAUGGAGUUAUGUGCUAUUCAACUAACUCCUUGGACUCUAAUUUUUGACGGAUCCAGCGCAAAUGAUGUCGAGGGAGCUGGAGUUGUAAUAAUUGCACCAAAUGGCAGGAAAACAACAUAUUCUUUCUUUCUAGAUUUCAAAUGUUCUAACAAUCAAGCAGAAUAUGAAGCUCUGAUUAUUGGUCUUGAAAUACUCUUAGAGAUAGGGGCACAGACCGUUGAAAUCAUAGGUGAUUCAAGUUUGGUGAUCGGUCAGUUGUCCAGCAAUUUCAGGUGCCAAAGUUGGCACCUCAAACCAUUCCACUCUAUAGCCAUGCAAUUACUACAAGAAUUUGCAGAGGUAAAGGUCAAGCAUGUUUAUAGAUUGCAUAAUAAAGAGGCCAAUGAUUUGGCUCAAAUAGCAUCUGGCAUUAGGGUGCCAGAAGGAAUAAUGGAGAAUUUGAUUAGAAUAAAGAGAAGAUCAUUACCCUCCGUUAAGGCGAGGGAAGAAUUGUUGGCAGAGGUCUUUGCAAUCGAGGUGGAAGACGAUAUGGAAGAGAAUGAUUGGAGAACACCGAUCGUCGAUUUUCUCAAAAAUGCAGACCCUAAGGCUGACAAGAAGCUAAAGAUCAAAGCUCUUAAGUUUGUGAUGAUUGAUGGAAACCUAUACAAGAAAAGCAUCAAAGAUGACCUACUCUUAAGGUGUGUCAGUAAGAAAGAAGCCAUGAAAGUAAUGGGAGAGGCCCAUGAAGGGAUAUGUGGUGCUCACCAAGCUGGAAUAAAAAUGAAGUGGUUGAUUAGAAGGUACGCUUAUUACUGGCCCGGGAUGCUUAAAGAUUGUAUCACAUACGCCAAAGGAUGUCAAGCGUGUCAAAGGCAUGGGCCAAUCCAUAGAGCCCCGGCGAUUGAAUUGCAACCAAUCAUAAAACCAUGGCCUUUUAGAGGAUGGGCUAUGGAUUUGAUAGGGAAAGUUUAUCCACCUUCUUCUAAAAAACAUUGUUUUAUCAUUAUGGCAACUGACUACUUUACCAAGUGGGUCGAAGCGGUGCCCAUGAAGUCAGUGCACCAAGAAUAUGUGAUUCGGUUUAUCAAACAACAUGUUAUUCAUAGAUUUGGGAUCCCAGAAUCAAUCACAACUGAUCGAGGUUCAGCCCUUGUCGCCAAAGAAGUGCAGGCAUUUGCAGCAGAUUACGGGAUCAAGCUCCUAAACUCAACCCCUCACUUUGCACAAGGAAAUGGUCAAGCCAAGUCGUCUAAUAAGACGCUAAAAGGCAUCAUUGAAAAAAUGGUGGAAGAUAACCCUAGGGUGUGGCAUGAACUGUUAUCAGAAGCACUUUGGGCAUAUAGGACUUCUCAACGGUCAAGCACAGGUGUGACUCCAUUCAUGCUCACCUAUGUCAUGAUGCAGUUUUGCCUAUGGAAGUGA